AGAUUUUUCCCCGAUAUUUGUUAGAAACGUACCGAAUAAAAACUGUUAUGCAUGCGGCGAGGAAAAGGCAAAUUGGUGAGAGAACGAGAAUACAGAUAAAACCCGCCAAAUCUUUGAGAAUUGAGAUAUAGUAAGUUCACACAUGGCACGCGCUCUAACCCCUAUCUCUUACACUCUCACUAAAACCCUAAACCCCAUUUUUCCAUUUCACCACACCCUUCCCGUCUCCCAUUCAAUCCUUUGUUCGGUUUCUCACCCGAAGCUCACCUCAUUCCCUUACCGGAGCCUGUCACGCUCCGUCAUCCGGUUUAGCGCCGGCGAAUUCUCUGGCAGUGUCGACGAUGAAGAAGGAUCGGAGGAAUUGGAGGACCUUGAUGUCAUCGCGCUCGAGCAAGAAGCAAAGGACACAGUCCUAGCCUAUGCAAGCUCUCUGUCUCAAAUUCUGAGUCUUGAAGAUGGGGAGAAAAAUGGUCGCAAGGAAACAGCUCAAACCCGCAGGAGGAGUGCGCGUAGAACAAAAAAUAUUCCUGACAAUCUUCUCCCGAGGGUUGCAAUUGUUGGAAGGCCAAAUGUUGGCAAAUCAGCGCUAUUUAAUCGUCUUGUUGGGGGAAACCGGGCAAUUGUGGUGGAUGAACCUGGGGUUACCAGGGAUCGUUUAUAUGGUCGAUCAUAUUGGGGAGAGAGUGAAUUCAUGGUAGUGGACACAGGGGGGGUUCUCACUGUUUCAAAAUCACAAGAUAAUGUUAUGGAAGAGCUAGCUAUUACUACUACCGUUGGUAUGGAUGGUAUUCCACUUGCCGCUAGAGAGGCAGCUGUUGCCAGGAUGCCCUCAAUGAUUGAGAGACAAGCAACUGCAGCUAUGGAAGAAUCAUCUGUUAUUAUUUUCCUGGUUGAUGGUCAGGCAGGUCUAACAGCAGCUGAUGUGGAGAUUGCUGACUGGCUACGUAAAAACUACUCAGAUAAAUGUGUCCUUCUUGCAGUUAACAAGUGUGAAUCUCCACGAAAAAGAAUUAUGCAGGUGUCUGAAUUUUGGUCCCUUGGAUUUGAACCACUUCCAAUAUCAGCUAUCUCAGGGACUGGAACUGGAGAGCUUCUUGACCUUGUUUGUUCAGGGCUACAGAAAAUUGAGGAACCGAAUGAUCUUGAUGAAGAAGAAGAUUAUGUUCCUGCAAUUUCAAUUGUUGGUAGACCAAAUGUUGGCAAAAGUAGCAUUUUGAAUGCACUGGUUGGUGAGGACAGAACAAUAGUCAGCCCCAUCAGUGGCACUACUCGUGAUGCUAUUGAUACUGAAUUUACUGGACCAGAUGGCCAGAAGUUCCACCUUAUUGAUACUGCCGGAAUCAGGAAAAGAGCAGCCAUAGCUUCAGCUGGGAGUACAACAGAGGCUUUGUCAGUGAAUCGAGCAUUUCGUGCUAUUCGCUGUUCUGAUGUUGUAGCUCUUGUCAUUGAGGCCAUGGCCUGUAUCACAGAACAGGACUACAAGAUAGCUGAAAGGAUUGAAAAAGAAGGGAAAGGUUGUGUGAUAGUUGUAAACAAGUGGGAUACAAUACCAAAUAAAAACCAGCAGACUGCAUCAUACUAUGAGCAAGAUGUCAGGGAGAAGCUUCGUGCUCUUGACUGGGCUCCAAUUGUUUAUUCUACUGCUAUAGCUGGUCAUAGUGUUGACAAGAUUAUUGUGGCUGCUAGUGAAGUUGAAAAGGAGAGAUCAAGAAGACUCGGCACUUCUAUAUUGAAUCAAGUAGUGCAGGAAGCAGUAGCUUUCAAGCCUCCUCCCAGGACGCGUGGUCGAAAAAGAGGGCGUGUUUACUAUUGCACUCAGGCUGCUAUAAGGCCACCUACAUUUGUGUUCUUUGUCAAUGAUGCAAAACUUUUUCCUGAGACUUACCGGCGCUAUAUGGAGAAGCAACUGCGUUCAGAUGCAGGUUUUUCUGGUACCCCCAUUCGGCUUCUAUGGCGCAGCAGAAGGAAAAUAGGAAAAGAUGAAGGCAAAGCUGUAUCAAGGACCCAAGAUAAUCAUACGUCAAAUGAUCGAAAAUUGGUAUCAACCACACCAUAGGAUAAUAUAUUUAAUUACGGAAAACUAGCUGUUAUUCUGUGUGUUGGAAAAAUGAAGGGGAUUGUUGUCUAGGAUUACUUAAUUACUCAAAUGUUUGUGCUUCCUGAAAUCUAUGAAGCUUAGUAAAAGCCCCACAAGGACCAGAUGGGUGCCUGAAGUUAGGAUGAGAAUCUGUCAUUUACGGCGAUCGUCGAUCACUCUGCGAUUCUUACUAAUCAAUUUGUAUUUAUAGGGUUCUAGCACAUUCCAGUCAACAACUGCGUUGUACAUUUAUCUAUAGAAGUAGUUAGAGGAAAUGUAAGCUGUUGGAUUGCUAAUUCCGUGACUCUAUUCAAAUAUUUAAUUAGGAUGUUUUCC